AUGUUUUCCCAGUCUAUCUAUCGAGUUCUUUAUGAACAUUGCAUAUUGAGUAUCUUGACCUUAUUCCUUUCGGCAGCGGCUGCCAAUGCAUUCUAUGAGCUUGCCAUCAACCCCUUGAAGAAAUACAAAGGCCCCAAGCUCGCAGCGAUUACUCGAAUCCCAUUCUUUUAUCACUCCAUGAGAGGGAAUUUCAACAAAUGGAUCUCCAACAUUCACGUUCAAUACGGAGAUGUAGUCAGAGUUGCCCCUGACGAGUUGAGCUAUUCAUCAGGUGAAGCAUGGAAAGAUAUCUACGGACACGGGGCUGCUGGGAAGAAGUCAACUAACAAGGACUUGCGUUUCUAUGGGCCAACCUUCAAUGGAGCACCAGACAUCAUCCGAGCAAAUGGUCCAGACCAUGCGCGCUUUCGUCGUAACUUCUCCAAUGCUUUCUCCGACAAAGCCCUUCGCGAGCAGCAACCUCUCAUCGGUCAAUACGUGGAUAUGUUCAUCGAUUGCCUCAAUACUAUUACCCAGCAGGAUCCCGAUCGGAAGAUUGAGAUGGUGCGUCUCUUUAAUCUUACGACGUUUGACAUCAUGGGAGACUUGACAUUUGGAGAGUCUCUAGACCUGUUGGCUGGGACUGGUGAUGAUAAUUGGGUGACUGCAAUCUUCGCUAGUGUUAAAGCAAGCUCUCUACGAAGGAUGGGACGAUAUGCUACCUGGAUGGCAUUCUUUGUUCAAAAGUCCAUUCCAGAGACUCUCAAGAUCAAAAGUUUGAUGCACUAUAGCUCUUGCAUGAAGCGUGUCGACAAACGAAUUGACGCUUCUCAUAAGGCCGAAAGGCCCGAUAUUUGGGGGCUUGUGAUGAAUCAAAAGGAGGAACUUCAGUUAAGUAAGGCAGAGAUGUACGCAAACUCACAGAUAUUCAUGCUCGCUGGAACGGAGACAACAGCCACCGCCCUAAGUGGCCUAACAUAUCAACUUCUGAUGAACCCAGAGAAAUUAGAGACCAUCACAAAGGAAAUAAGGGAAACAUUCCAAAAGGAUUCUGAUAUCGGAUUGAUUGCUUUGGGUCAAAUGAAGUACUUAAAUGCAUGCAUUGAUGAAGGCUUGCGUAUUUAUCCGCCUGUGCCCAUUGGACUACCUCGCCUUGCGCCGUCAGGGGGCAUGGUAACUGCAGUUUCCGUCAACCAUUGGGCAACCUACCGCAAUCCUCGAAACUUUCAACGACCAAAUGAAUUCCUCCCCGAGAGAUGGCUUAGUAGCGAAUUUGUCAGCGACAAUAAGUCUGCUUUCCAACCAUUUUCAUUCGGACCACGCAACUGUCUGGGCAAAAAUCUAGCAUAUCAUGAAAUGCGGAUUAUUCUUGCAAAGUUCUUAUACAACUUCGACCUUACGCUUACACCUGAGUCCGUUGGAUGGGCCGAGCAAAAGGUAUACGGGCUAUGGCAGAAGAAUAAGUUGAUGGUACAGCUCAAGCCAAGGGCAACAUGA